AUGUCUGACGAUAAAUACGAUACUGAUGAUGUUGGAGAAGAUUUUGAUGACGCUGAUGAUGAUGACAAUGCGGAAGAUUUAGAUCAACCAGAGGAUGAUGCUGAUGCUCUUGAUCCUGGUAGUAUUAGCAUUGAAGCAAAGGGUUCUGUUGCCAAAUCAAAGAGAAUUACUACUAAAUAUAUGACCAAAUAUGAGCGUGCCAGAGUUUUAGGUACAAGGGCAUUACAAAUUGCUAUGGGUGCACCAGUUAUGGUUGAAUUAGAAGGUGAAACUGAUCCUCUUCAAAUUGCAAUGAAAGAAUUAAAACAAAGAAAAAUUCCAAUAAUAAUUAGACGAUAUUUACCCGAUCAUUCAUAUGAAGAUUGGGGAAUUGAUGAACUUAUCAUUAUUGAUCAUUAA